AAUGGAACAGCUGUUGUCAGUUAUUUGUGUAAAAUUAAUUUAAAUCUAAAUAAAAUUGAUAAAAUGCCAGCGCCAAUGAUUUUUGGGUGUGCCGAGGCAAGAAGGCGUGUUAUUAAACGCUUAAAACAAAAAAAUCGUCAGCUAAGGAUGCAUGUGGACAUAUUUCAAAAGUUGGAUUCCAAGUUUAUAGAGUCUUAUCGCGUAAACAAAGAAGUUUUCAAAAUGCUAUUAGAUAAAAUAGGAAAUAGGUUAGCGGAAAGGCAUCGCUUUAUUACACCGACUACGCAACUGGCAGCCACACUUCGGUUUUUAGCAACUGGCUCCUAUCAGUUGGGGAUUUCUAAAGACCAAGAUAUCAACAUAGGCAGAAGCACCUUUUCCAAGGUAUUGCACUUUGUUGUACAGGAGCUGGAGAGCUGCCUUUGUGAAGAAUUCAUUCAGCUGAAGAUGUCGCCCGCGGAUAUGAACUCAUCAAAAGGACAUUUUUAUAGGGAAUUCAAUAUUCCCGGUGUCAUUGGGUGUGUGGAUGGAACACACAUAAAAGUGUCAAAACCAAGAGAUGACGAGUCUAUGUUCUUUAAUAGGAAGGGAUAUUUUAGCAUAAAUGCAAUGGUGAUUUGUAAUUACAAUAUGGAAAUAAUGGCAGUAGAUGCGAGCCACCCGGGUUCAUGUCAUGAUUCAUUUAUUUGGAAUCAGAGUUAUGCAAGGCAAUUUUAUAGCAACAAUCGCGCUCAAAAUACUUGGAUUUUGGCAGAUUCCGGCUAUGCCUUGGAAACCUUCAUAAUGACGCCAUAUAGGAACCCACAGCAUGGAUCAAUAGAACAUGCUUUUAACAAGAGACAUGCCUCUGCUCGCAACAUAAUUGAGCGUACAAUCGCUUUGCACAACAUUUGCUUGUUUUAUAAUGUACAAAUCCCCGAUGAGGAGGAGUUUUCAAAUGUGACUUAUGACGAUGAUGUCGGAGACGUUGAAGUGGAACCUGUUGACAACUCACAAGCAGAAGACAUAAGAAAUGAAAUUUUAAGACCAUUAUAG